AUGUAAAGUGAAUAAUUGAGUGAACAAAAACUUUAUGCUUGGGGUAGUUCUGAAUGUGAUCAAUUCUUGGCUAAAGAUGAAGAUGAUGAAGAAUUAUAUGAGGUUAAGAGACCAUAUCAGAUAAAAGAAUUAAGCAAUUUAUCUAUUGUAUAAGUAGCAUGUGGAGGAAUGCAUGCUUUAAUAUUAACAUCACAAGGAAAAGUAUUUAAUUAGAUUAUUAUUUAAGGUUUAUUCAUUUGGUUGUGAUGAUAAAGGAGUAUUGGGAAGACCUUAAAUAGAAGGCCAAGAUGCAAGGUUACCUGAUUUAAUCACAGAUUUACCUCCUGUAAAUAUGAUAGCUUGUGGAAGUUCUCAUUCAAUUGCAGCAAAUUCUCAUGGUUUAGUGUACUUCUGGGGAUUUUAUGCAAAUACUCAUGGUCCAAUUGGUGAGGCAGUAUCAAAACCUAAAAAAUUGGAUAAUAUUACAAAUGGAAUAAAGAAAAUACUUUGCGGUUAGAAUCAUACAAUGGUGUUGUUAGAUAAUUUUAAAGUAAGUAGUUCAAAAUGAAUAAACUAGUUACUUACAUGGGGAGAUGCAGAAACGUUGGUAAUAGGAAGGAAAAGUGAGACUAGAAGAUCUGUGAUUUAAAAUUUAAAUCCUUAGCCUAUAAAAAUGAAGAGACCAAUCAUAGAUAUAUUUACAGGGGCUUCACAUGCUUUUGUAAAGGUAUUACUAAAGGAUAACAAACCAGGUAUAUAUGGAUGGGGAUUAAAUAAUUAUGGGUAAUUGGGUAUAGGAAAUUAAGAAAAUUAAUAACUCCCAUAUUUGGUUGAGUUUUUUGAGAAUAUGGAUAUUGUAGAUAUGGUAGGUGGAGAACAUCAUACAAUUGCUUUAGAUUGUGAAGGAAAUGUUUACUCUUUUGGAAGAAAUGAUGAUGGUUAAUUAGGUUUAGGAGAAUAAUUGAAUGAAAUGUUAAGAAUUGAGGCUGAAAAACAAAAGGUAUUAGAAGAAGAACUGUAUUAAUAAUAAUAAGUAAAUAAAAAAAAAACAAGUAAGAAAAAUAAAUAAGGAGAUUUAUUUGAAGUUUAAAAAUCUUAGAAAGUUAUUGGAUAUGAAUUUAUAACAACUCCUUAAAAAAUUAAUAAUAUACCAAAGAUGUAAUCUAUAUUUGGAUCAAUGCAUUUUAAUUUUGCAAUAUCUCAAUAAAAAUAAAUAUUUUCUUGGGGGAAUGGAUAAAGUUAUGUAUUAGGUACUAGAAAUGAAAAUAGUCAAUUUUAGCCAAAAGAUGUAAUAGUAUAAUUAAUAUAAUAUAGGUAACAACAAUAUUUAAAAAUGAAAAAUUAUUAUAAAUUUCUCUUGGUGCUAGUCAUGUAAUAGCAUUGACUUCAUCUGAUCAUACUUUUGAACUUCCAAUGGUGGAUUAAUAAGUUUUGUAAAUAAAUGACCCAAAAUCAAAAUUAAAAAAAGGUCGGAAAAGUAAUAGUAGAGAAAUGAGUAAAGAGAAAAGUAUAUCAAUGAAAAGGAGUGUUUAGAAAUUUGAUGAUAGCAUAAUACCUGUAAAAGAUUUAAGAAUUGAUUGA